AGAUGCAUUAAAAAAAUUAAAAACUUGAAUGAAUCGGCUGUUGACCUUACCACUGUCAAAUGCGGAAAUUGGUUAAAUACUAUAAUUGUUUUAUACUAAAUAAUGUUUUUAUAAACAACCCACCUAACCGAGCUGUGAACAAAUGUGAUAAACAACCAAAACCAAAAGUGCCGUGAUUCAGAGAAUUGUGUUUUAUAGUGUAGUUUUACGGCGUCGCUUGUAGGGCGUUACUCAUUUUAACUGUAAAAAUUGUAAGAAAUGGAUCUUAAUGAAGAAUACCACGACCCUGAUUAUCCUGAGGCUCCGGUCUGUAUUAAAGAGGAGCCGCCAAGUUUGUCUGAAGAGGAGAAAGUUGCGAAAAUCAAAGAAAUAAUCCGGCGGGAAUUUUUAAAUGAACUGGAAAUCAGAGAAAACGAAGUUAUGCUUAUAGAUCAACGUAUGACUACAUCCCGCCGACUCCUCCACCGGCUCCGGUACGCGCUGGUGAGCAGCUACUACCAGGAUCAGAAGCUGCAGCUCACUAAUGGUCAGGUCCAGGAUGAGAUAGCACUGCAGACUGAACCUAGAGCAAGGGCAGAGGUGUCAUCAAUGUUACGUGACGGGCAGCGUAGGUUACACCCGUCGGUACGCAAGCUGUUGGGCAAGCAGACAGUAGACCUCGACGAGAUAUUCAAGAUCAGAGGGCCGAGGAAUAAGACGAGGAAAGAUUAUUCUGCCAUGCUUCAAAAACGCAACUACACGAUAUCAGCAGACACAACCAAGACCCUCAGGCCUGAUCGGAAGCCGGAUGACCUUGAAAUACCAGAGGACCCCAGCACCAGCAGGCCCAAGAAGAUCCCCAGACAUCUGGAACCCAAACCCACGAAUAUACUCACUCUGGAUGAGGUCACUAGGAAUAAGACCAAGUAUAGAUAUAGGAUUGUGAUAGGCAACACAUCCAAGUUCGCCCCGCCGGCGUCCCGCCUGGACCGCUCCACACACAAGUGGCUGCUGUACGUGCGCGGCGCCCCCCCCCGCGCGGACCUGUCGCGGGUCCUCACCGCCGUCAGCGUCAGGCUACAUCAUUCCUAUGCCCCGCAUCAUACUGUGCAUAUUGACAAGCCCCCGUACCACGUGUCUCGUCGCGGCUGGGGCGAGUUCCCCGCUAAGAUAGAGCUUCACUUCGCUCUGCCAGAGCGGAACAGACCCGCCACCGUCGAACACACCAUCAAGUUGGAUAGGAACUAUACCGGCUUGCAGAUGUUGGGCGCGGAAACAGUGGUCGACGUAUGGCUAUACAGUACACCGGAAAUGUUGCCAUAUCAGUUCAAAGAGGACGACCAACCUGAACAACUCACACAACCCGAACCCAUCGUAGAGCAGAAAGAACCGGAAGUCAUCACAGAACCCAUAGACAACGCAGUCACACACACAGACAACUGGAUGGAGUUCUUUUCCAAAGAGACAACAGAAGUUGACGUCGACGAAAUGAUAAUAAAACCAAUUAAAAAAGAAAAACAGGAACCGGAUAUAGAACCUGCCAUAGACAAUAAUGUUAUAGAGAAAGAACCAGAGAUGUUUAGCGAAGUUAAUAUUAAAACUGAAAAAGAAUGGGACCCAGAAUACAAAGUUGAUACAGAUAUACCAAAUGAAAUACUUAGUCAGCCAACGUCGCCUAAAAAACGAAUAGUCAAAUACAUAGACCCAACCACAGGCAAAAUAUAUUACCUAGAAAUGGAUCGCACCCUAGAUUUAAGCAAAGUUCAAGAAAUCGUAAUUAAUAAUACUAAAACAGCGAAAAUUAGUCCAAUCAAAUCAAAUGGACUUAAAAACUUCCGAAAGAAGAAAGGAGGAGUUUCUUUAUUAAAACCCGAAGUCAAAAACAUGUUGAAAAACACAGAAAAUAAUAUCAAAAUCAAAUCAAAUCUAGCCCACAUAGAAAACGAUCAUUGUUACCUGGCAACACCGAGGCGGAAUGAUUUUUCUAGUGUGGCAAUUAAGAAAGAAAAGACUUUGUAUGAUUGUUUAUGCUUAGCUAUGAGUAGGGUUAAUACAGUGAGGGCUGGUGUUAAUUAUUUAAUUAAAAAGAUACCGCUUAUCAGUGAUUUGGCAAGAGAUUCGGAUUUCGUUAAAAAUUUUCCAUUUGUGGUUGAAACUGAGGAGAAAUACUGGAAGUUAGAUUUUGCUAAGAGAAGGAAUAUUGAAUGGUCCCGCGCGAAGUUAAUCAACAGAAUAUUAUCAGAACACCUAACGACAACUGAAACAAUAUGGCGGACGAAACAGAUCCUCCUAUACUCCCGCCUGCAUGGCUACUACCCCAUCAGAUCCGAAUCUAUAAACAACCAACCGGACCCAGAAUGGUCAACAUGGAACGAUCUCGACAACAUACACAGAACGGAAUCGAUAAAAGAAUUAAAUCCAACCGAAAUCAAUACUCUAUCGAUAUUCGAUGCCUCGCAAUUUAAUCGAAAGAAUUCGGAAUCUGAGGUCAUCAAUUUAUCCGAUGAUGAAGAGGUUGAUGUGAUGUCUUGUGUGGAGCGGGCGAGGGUCAAAACCGAGGUCGUUGAUGAUACAGGCUUGACGGUCCUGCCAGUUGAAAAUGACGAUGAUCGAUUAAGGUUCCUGUUCAUCGAGAGGAAAUGCGCUGAUAUUGGAAUCGAGUUGAGGAACGAAGAUGUUGAUAAUGGGUAUUCUUAUAGCGCAGUGCACGCGGUGCUGCUGGCGGCGCUGCGCAGCUUCGCGGGCGAGCUGCUGCGCGGCGCCCUCGCGCGCGCGCUGGCCCGGGACGCGCCCGGGACCGUGUGGCCGGGGUCGUCGUCAUCUCGCUGUGUGAUCUCAGCGCGCGACGUGUUCGCGAGCGCGACGCGCAACGCACGCGCGCGCGCACUCUCCGCCGCGGACCUCGCCGCGCGCAAACAUACGAGACAGGCGCUAUAAUAUUAUACUAUACCACGCAA